UCCUCAAUCGUUCCAAACCCUCCCUGAAGGAAUUGCGCCCUCUUAUGCGGCGUUGCCAAGUUCCUUGUUCGGUAACACAGGAGACCGGUGUGUUUGUUUCCGUCGGAUAUCGUGACGUCAGUCGAGUGAUCAUUGACCAAGUGACCCCGUGAUUCUACUCGGCUCUUAUCGCCUCUCGAAUCUCACCCGCUCUCUGCCAGACAGCACGCGGCAGCUAGCUCCGCACUGUCUCGCCCCAUAAAAAAAAACUCAUCAACAUCGAACGGAUUCGAUAAUCGUUUUUCCGGCUCCAGUCUCGUUUUCCGCCGCCUCGUGUCGCAAGGGCUCGCGUUCCGCGCUUACGUUUCUUCGAGAGGGUUUUCGACCCUUCGUCUUACGGGACACUGACCCUAGAGCGUCUAUCGAAAUUUUCGGAAUUUCGGUGUCUUCGCAAGCCCUCAGUUGAUUCUGUGGCAAUUUUUAUCAAGAGCUAACGAUUCCUGAGUGAGUUACGGUUUUCUUAAGUGCUUUACGGAAAGUUGAUCGAAUUUAUAAACGUAGGUGACCUUAAAGUGACCGCGAAGUUCCCAGUUUUUUUGAAAGCACAGUGUUCAAUGGGGCAAUGAAAUCUAAGACAAUUUUGGACUAUUAGUGGAGUUUAGUGUCUUGUUUGCUAUCGAUCCCUUGGAGUUGGAAAAUCGGACCCUCUGUGUUUGUUGCACUUGCUUGGCUGAAAAUUACGUAAAAUUAAACACCGGUAAAAAAAAAUUCGAUCAAAUCUAAAAAGCAUAACUCUAAAAUUUUAAUAAUGCAUAGAGUGACGCGAGCACCUUUGCGACCCAGAACCGAUACAAGAUUGUGCCUUUCACCCAAGAAUCUCUUUAGCACUGUUGCCGUGUCUUUUUGUGCCGUAUUUUUUGCCCUCGUUUUUUGCGCGUCAAGUGUGAAUGCCGCAGGAAAAAUCGGCCCUCAAACAAUGAACUGCACGGAUGGCUUCAAUCGCUCGAAAAAUGCGUGCGGGGAGGAGUACGAAUGCAACCACCGCCUCUCCUCGGACGUGGUGCCGAGCUCGUACCACAUCCUACUCCACCCCAACCUGGCCGAGGGCACGUUCACCGGGAGGGUGACGAUCGAGCUGGAGACACUCCAGCCGCGCAAGAACCUCUUCCUCCACUCCAAGGGCCUGGCCGUCAACCGGACGGAGAUCGCCCCGCGGCUCCAGGCCUCCCUCGGCUCCGGGCAGGGUCAACCCCUGGGCAUCGCCCGGACGUUCGAGUAUCCCAAGAACGAGUUCUGGGUCAUCAAGCCCACCGCCGAGAUUCCGGCCGGGAAGUAUGCCCUCACCCUCGAGUUCAGCGGAAAGCUCACCGGCAAGAUCAUCGGAUUCUACCGCAGUGUCUAUACAGACAAGGCAACCGGCAAGGAAGUCCCAAUUGCAACCUCCAAAUUUGAGCCAACCUUUGCUCGCCAAGCAUUUCCAUGUAUGGAUGAACCUGCGUUCAAGGCAAAAUUCUCAAUUCAGCUCGUCAGACCCUCAGAUAAGAACUACAUUGCUCUAUCGAACAUGAAUCAAGUGGGAAUAGAAGAAGAUAAACCAUCUGCAGGCCUAACGACAGUUACCUUUGCAGAAAGUGUGCCAAUGUCAACUUACCUAGCCUGUUUCAUCGUUUGCGACUUCAAGCGUUUUCCAGCAGACAACACUUCCAUCUCUGCUCCAAAAGCCUCAGUGCCUAUCAAUGCAUAUGCUCGACCGGGUCAAGAGAUGUUCAUGAAGUAUGCACAUUUUGUCGGGGUCAAUGUUAUAGAUUUUUACGUGAAAUAUUUCAACAUUGAUUAUCCUUUACCGAAACUUGAUAUCAUUGGAAUCCCUGAUUUUGUCAGUGGAGCUAUGGAACAUUGGGGAUUGGUAACGUUCCGUGAGACGAGUGUGUUGUACACUCCAAAUGAGAGUUCACUAUCUAAUAAAAAGAGGAUCUCAUUGACAGUUGCUCAUGAGCUAGCUCAUAUGUGGUUCGGGAAUCUAGUCACAAUGAAAUGGUGGAAUGAUCUGUGGUUGAAUGAAGGAUUUGCAUCAUACAUAGAAUACAAGGGUGUAAAUUCUGUUCAUCCAGACUGGGAUAUUGACACUCAAUUUUUACAUGAAGAGCUUUUCGGGGUGCUAACUUUGGACUGUCAACUCAGCUCUCAUCCCAUUGUUCAGAAUGUUAACCAUCCUGAUCAGAUAACAGAAAUAUUCGAUUUUAUUUCGUAUUCAAAGGGCUCCUCUGUCAUAAGAAUGCUAGAAGCUUUCAUGGGUGAGCAACCAUUUCAACAAGGAGUGGUCUCUUACCUGACCAGCAACAAAUACGGUAAUGCAGAAACCAAGGACUUGUGGGACCAUUUACAGAAGUUUGCUGGUGAUGUCAAAGUUGCUGAUGUGAUGGGUACUUGGACAAAACAGAUGGGAUAUCCUGUUGUCAAUGUUAAACGAAGUGGCAACAAACUUACCUUGAGCCAAAAAAGAUUUCUGCCAGACAAGUCAGAGUCCACCACCGAAAUGGCUAAAAACAUGAAAUUAGCAGAUAGUAAAUGGGAUGUACCAAUAAUGUAUUACACCUCUGCUGAUCCUAAAGUAAAACUAGCGUGGCUUCCGAACAACCAAGAUUCCACAACAAUUGAUGUGGAACCUGGCACUAGUUGGGUAAAAAUCAACUACAGAAAUUAUGGUUACUACCGAGUCAAUUACGAUGCCGAUGCGUGGAGUCUUUUCAGUUCUACCCUUGAUAGUAACCCUCAUAUUUUUAAUGCUGCAGACCGAGCUAGUCUCUUGAAUGAUGCUUUCAGCUUGGCAAAAGCAAGCCACCUCUCUUAUUCUGUCCCGUUGAACCUGUGCAAAUAUAUAAAGUCUGAAAACCACUCUGUGCCUAUCGCCGUAGUCUUAGAUAAAUUUAAGGACAUCAAAGAGCUCUUGCGCGACACCCCUAUUUAUGAUGAAUUUUUAGCUUUUGGGAGGAAAAAUAUCGUUCUUCCUGAUGAUGUAUGGAAUUUCACUGAAGACACAAGCUUUUUAGAAGGGGAAUUCAAAAGCACUCUGUUGAAUCUUGCUUGUUUGCUUGAAAUUCCGGAGUGCACAAGCCAGGCUAGCAAAAUUUUCCUGUCGUGGCUGACCAAUAAUGGCCCUAAACCGUAUCCGGACCUUCGUUCUCUCGUUUAUAAUACAGGAAUGAGGGCGAACUCUACAGAAGAAGUGUGGUCAAAACUCUGGGAAAAAUAUCUCGCUGAAACCACACCGUCUGAAAAGCUGAAACUGAUGGUCGCCUUGACUACCCCUCGAAACAAGCAGAUCCUGGAAACAUUGAUUCAGAAUAUAAAGAAUGAAUCCUAUAUUCGGUCACAGGACUACUUCAUUGUUCUUAACCUGAUCGGCAAAAACCCUGUAGGGACUGAACUUGUGUGGGAUUUCAUGCGCAGUGAGUGGCAAUACCUUGUUGACCGUUUCACGCUCAAUGAUCGGGCCUUCGGACGUCUGAUUCCUAAUGUAUGCUCAUCCUUCACAACAAAAGAGAGGCUCCAGGAGAUGAAAGAAUUCUUUGCAGGAUAUCCAGAGGCAGGAGCUGGAGCUGCCGGUAGAGCGCGAGCUCUGGAAACAGUCAAUAACAAUAUCGAAUGGUUGGCAACACACUAUAAGUCGAUUGAAAAUUUCUUAAAGCAGAAGAAGUAAAAAAAUCUAUCUUAAAAUGAAAUAGGGCUUCCAGUCAUAUGUUUGAUAACCAUUUGCUUUUGGGAAAUCUUCCCUUGCAAGAUGAUUACUAUCACUUGAAACAAGCUUUAGUGCGAUCUUGAAGAUACAUGUUUAUAAAUGAUUUUUCUCUUGCGGCCUGUUAAUGAAUAAGAUUGGAAAUAAAAGUGCAAAGCCAGGUUGAAGGCACCAUGUUACACUUCAGAGUAUAAUAAAAACAAGAGACGAUGUGGGAGAACGAGGUGGAUAAAUAAUAUUUGCAACACUAGAUUCACAAGAUGAAGAUCACUAAUUUUCACUUAAUCACUGAAAUAAGUGAUACUUAGUUUCCAAAAUACAUAUUAUUAAUAGAUUAAUUAUCAUUGAAUAUGUUUCUAUUAUAGUAAUUAUUUCAAUAGUGAUUUUUAUUAAGGCAAUAAGUUUAGAAAAUCAUAACUUGCUAUAUUUUAUAAUUUUACUAAUUACAGAAAAAGUACUUGGUCUGUCUAUUUUGAUUAGUAUAAUUCGAACCCAUGGAAAUGAUUUUAUAAAAUAUUCGACGGUACUAUAAAAAUAAAUAAAUAUUUUGAGACGCAAGGAUGUACUCUGUUUACGAAAGAGUUCGGAAUUCAACAUUUGGACUCUCAUUUCAAAACUUCAGAAAUUUCCUGAUGCUAACAAAUGUAUUCUGUUAUUUUUCUCUCAUACUUUCUUUCCACCCUUUUCCAUUUCAUUGUUUUAAAGAAUUGCUAAUGUGUAGAGAAGUAAUUUAUGGUCCUAAGAAAUUUGAAAUCUCUGAAAAUCCAUGAUCAGCCGAGAAUUUAAUGUUUAAAGAAUGAUCAAAAAAACUUUCAAUUUUUUUUGUCGCUUUUUAUGAUUGUGAAAAGUGAAGAAACUGUCAAUUAUAUAGCCUUGCAUUUUUUCACGGGUAACUGUAAUUUUGGUUUGUCAGUAUGAUUUAAAAGAGGCAUAAGAAAGCUGUUACUUAAAGAUGAUCUUUUCUCCAUGAUUUCAUUCAUUUCCAGUUUUUACAAAGCUGAAAGUACUCUGCACCUUGAGGUCUCAGGGAUAUGCUUUUUUUUUAGCAUGCAUUCAAUGUGCUGUGAUAUAAAUUUUAAAUUUUCUAUCUGUGUAAAUUUCUUCUUGCUUUUUCAAUCAUGAGCUUGCAUCUUGUACCAUCGACCUAUGAUAAAUUUCCUCUUGAAUCAUUUACAUGAGCACUAAUAAUAUCUGUUAGAAGCAGUCAGUUAGUAUCAGGGAACGUUCAUCUUACUAUCAUUGUCCUUCUCCAACUGUUUUCCCUGCAAAACUACCACCCUGAUGGAAGUUCAGAAUCCUGUCAAACAUAGAAAUUCUUAAUUUAAUUAGUUUUACUCAAUUUUUAAAGGCAAUUUCAACUGUAAUUCAUUUCUUUACUCUCUGCAGCCUGAUAGUUGAAACUUUGACUGGCUUUGUCUGCAAGAUAAGACAAGAUAUAACCCUACCUGCGCCAAGUAAUACAUCAAUUUUCGAUUCUUGUCGUGCCAACCCUAAUUUCAACAAUCAGGCUGCUGGUAGUCUACAAUUCUCUAGUUCUUAAUAUCGGUCUUUAAAGCUAAUGGAGUCUUUGAGUAUGAUACUACAACUGAUUUUAAUCUUAAGUUUUUAUUUAAUUUUUUUAA